AUGGCAACACCAUAUGUUCCUGUUCCUAUUCCUAUUGGAAGUUCAUCAUCCGGCUUUACAACCAGAAACCAAAGAAGUUCUUCUUUUGGGAGCAUCUCGACGAGUUCCAGCUCCUCAAAAGGACAGUUGGAGGACUCUACAAUUGGUAGUUUUAAAAAGAUGAGCGUACCUGACCAGGUUGGUUCUACGCCAUCUGUCUGUAGUAGUCCACUUGUUAGGACUAAAUUUACAGGUAUGGAUACAUCCAUAGAAUACUGUACUCAGCCUGUAGAAGAAAUAGAACAGAAUACAGAUUCCAGGAGCUGGGAAGAUCGACCGUCCACGCCUACUAUACUGGGUUAUGAGGUGAUGGAGGAAAGGGCAAAAUUCACUGUAUACAAAAUACUGGUAAAAAGAAGUCCAGAGGAAAGUUGGGUGGUUUUCAGACGGUACACUGACUUCUCCAGGCUUAAUGACAAGCUAAAAGAUAUGUUUCCGGGCUUUCGGUUGGCCCUUCCACCAAAGCGCUGGUUCAAGGAUAAUUAUAAUCCUGACUUCUUGGAAGAUCGACAGUUGGGACUACAAGCAUUCCUCCAGAACCUAGUAGCUCACAAAGAUAUUGCUAACUGCCUUGCAGUGAGAGAAUUUCUUUGUCUGGAUGAUCCUCCAGGUCCUUUUGACAGUCUAGAAGAGAGCAGGGCUUUCUGUGAAACUCUAGAGGAAACAAAUUACCGUCUACAAAAAGAACUGCUUGAAAAACAAAGGGAGGUUGAAUCACUGAAGAAAUUGUUAAGUGAAAAGCAACUUCAUAUAGAUGCUAUUGAAAGAAGAAUUAGGGAUUUAUCUUUAGGAAAAAUGACUCGUCAAAUGUCAGGAGAAGAAAGUGAGUGCAGUGGUGAAGUGGAGUCUUCUGCAGUAGAAGCAGACCAGGGUACCGUGGGUGAGGACAGCUGCUCAGAUAAAGAGAACCAUGAGGCAUGCUGGAGUGGCUCUUUGGCUGAAAAUUCUGUACCAGAAAUUGAAGUCGCUGAAGUAGCAUAUACUGCUGAUGAAGAAGAAUAGAUCAGUAGCAGCUGCUGUUACCUGGGAAAGGUUCAUGUUUGGGACAUACUCUGUGGGUAGGAGCACAGAGUAGCUGUGAAGAAUUUUACAGCAAAGAGCAAGAAUGCACAUAUUGAAUGUUUACAUAAAUCCUUACAAAUUAUUAACUUAAGAAAUAUACCCAGUGCUGCUUUGAUUUCAGUUUUUAUCUAGCCUUUAUAUAUAUUAAAUAUA